CAGGGCCUCCUUCCCCGCAUCCUGAGCGCGCCCCUCUCCGCGCCUCGCCGGCCCGCGCCCCAGGAAGCAUGUACCUGCUGGACGGCGGCGGCGGCGAGCCCGCGUCGCCACCUGCGGACGCGAUGCCACGCGGGACGCCCCCCAGGAAGACCGUCUACCGUAUCUCCGUGACCAUGGUUCGGAAGGAGCAGCUGGCGGCGCCGGGCUCCGAAGAGCCGGACCCGCGCCCUGCCAGACGGCCCCGGCCCGCGCGCUCCCCGGACGCGCCCGAGCGGCUGCUGGAGGAAGCCGAGGAGGAAGCGGAGGGCAGCCCGCCGCGCGCCUGGGAUGUGCGCACGUUCCGUGCCCGCAGCACCGGGCAGCUGGAGCUUGGGCGCCUCCGGCCGUGCGCGCGCCGCCCAGACCCCGCGGAUGUGGUUGGCAGCCCCUCGGCCCUGGACGGACGAAGGUCACCCACUCCCGGUAGCCCAGGUGUGGAAAGCCCGCCGGCCCAGACCUUGCGGCGGAGCCUCAGCUUCAGGGAUUGGAGCGCUCCCGAGACCCCUCGGGGCCCCGUCAUGGAUGGCGGAAGGCGCCGCAGCAGCUCGGGGAGCCUGGCCUGGGCGCCGGGCGAGGAGCCGGAGGCGGGUCCCGAGGCCGCCGCCACCGCCUUGCAGCCCUCCUCGGAGAAGCGCAACACCUUGGACGUGGGCGAGGUGCUGAGCAAGAACGAUGCGCUCUCGGACCUGGAGCGCUGGGAGCGCAGCAAGAGCAAGAACCGCACGCUGGACAACAGCGACCUGCAGCGGCUGGAGCGCGCGCGGGCCGCGGCCUCAGAGCACCGGCUGCUGCGCUUCUUCAGCGGCAUCUUCGCGCGCAGAGACGGCGCGCCCUCCCCUCGGAGCGGCGUCCAGCGGACGCGCGGCUACUUCAGCAGCCUGCGGCGGGCCCCGGCCGACGCGCACUCGUCCAGCGCUGAGAGCAUCGACGGGUCCCCGCGCAGAGAUGCCUUCGUGAACAGCCAGGAAUGGACAUUGAGUCGAUCAGUGCCAGAGCUCAAAGUGGGAAUUGUGGGUAAUUUGGCCAGUGGCAAGUCCGCCCUGGUGCAUCGGUACCUGACGGGCACCUACGUCCAGGAGGAGUCUCCGGAAGAUAUGGAUGCAGGUGGCAGGUUCAAGAAGGAGAUCGUGGUGGAUGGACAGAGCUAUCUGCUGCUGAUUAGAGAUGAAGGGGGCCCCCCGGAGGCACAGUUUGCCAUGUGGGUGGACGCCGUCAUAUUUGUCUUCAGCUUGGAGGACGAAAUCAGCUUCCAGACCGUCUACCACUACUACAGCCGAAUGGCCAACUACCGGAACACGAGUGAGAUCCCUCUCGUGCUGGUGGGGACGCAGGAUGCCAUAAGCUCCACGAACCCGCGAGUCAUCGACGAUGCCAGGGCGCGGAAGCUGUCCAAUGACCUGAAGCGGUGCACGUACUACGAGACGUGCGCCACCUACGGGCUCAACGUGGAGCGGGUCUUCCAGGACGUGGCCCAGAAGAUCGUAGCCACCAGGAAGAAGCAGCAGCUGUCCAUCGGGCCCUGCAAGUCCCUGCCCAACUCUCCCAGCCACUCCUCCGUCUGCUCCGCGCAGGUGUCGGCCGUGCACAUAAGCCAGACGAGCAAUGGAGGUGGGAGCUUAAGCGACUACUCCUCCUCUGUCCCGUCCACUCCGAGCACCAGCCAGAAGGAGCUCCGCAUCGACGUCCCGCCCACUGCCAACACCCCGACCCCCGUCCGGAAGCAGUCCAAGCGCCGGUCCAACCUUUUCACGUCUCGGAAAGGGAGCGACCCAGACAAAGAGAAGAAAGGCCUGGAGAGCCGUGCGGACAGCAUCGGGAGCGGCCGAGCCAUCCCAAUUAAACAGGGCAUGCUGUUGAAGCGAAGUGGAAAGUCACUGAACAAAGAGUGGAAGAAGAAAUAUGUCACCCUGUGUGACAAUGGCGUGCUGACCUAUCAUCCAAGUUUGCAUGAUUACAUGCAGAAUGUUCACGGUAAAGAGAUUGACCUCCUGAGAACCACUGUGAAAGUCCCAGGGAAGAGGCCACCCCGAGCCACGUCGGCCUGCGCACCCAUCUCCAGUCCCAAAACCAAUGGCCUGGCCAAGGACAUGAGCAGUUUACACAUCUCACCAAACUCAGGGAAUGUCACUAGUGCGUCUGGGUCUCAGAUGGCAAGCGGCGUCAGCCUGGUCUCCUUCAACAGCCGACCGGAUGGCAUGCACCAGCGCUCCUACUCAGUCUCCAGUGCCGACCAGUGGAGCGAGGCUACGGUCAUUGCAAACUCGGCCAUCAGCAGUGACACGGGGCUGGGUGACUCCGUGUGCUCCAGCCCAAGUAUCUCCAGCUCCACCAGCCCCAAGCUCGACCCACCACCCUCUCCCCACGCCAACAGAAAGAAGCACCGCAGGAAGAAAAGUACCAGCAACUUCAAAGCUGACGGGCUGUCUGGCACGGCGGAAGCCAAACGCAAAGCAUGGAAACUAAACCGUGUUGGUAGCCUGCGAAAUAUAUACAGCAGCAGCAGCACCAACACCGAAGAACAAGAAGAAAACUUUGAGUUUAUCAUUGUGUCCCUCACUGGCCAGACGUGGCACUUUGAAGCCACCACGUAUGAAGAGCGAGAUGCAUGGGUCCAAGCCAUCGAGAGCCAGAUCCUCGCCAGCCUGCAGUCCUGCGAGAGCAGCAAGAAUAAGUCCCGGCUGACCAGCCAGAGCGAGGCCAUGGCCCUGCAGUCCAUCCGGAACAUCCGCGGGAACUCCCACUGUGUGGACUGCGACACCCAAAACCCUAACUGGGCCAGCUUGAACUUGGGGGCCCUCAUGUGCAUCGAGUGCUCGGGGAUCCACCGGAACCUGGGCACCCACCUGUCGCGGGUGCGCUCCCUCGACCUGGACGACUGGCCCAUCGAGCUGAUCAAGGUGAUGUCGUCCAUCGGGAACGAGCUGGCCAACAGCGUGUGGGAGGAGAGCAGCCAGGGCCGGACGAAACCCUCCUUAGACUCCACAAGGGAAGAGAAGGAGCGGUGGAUCCGGGCGAAGUACGAGCAGAAGCUUUUCCUGGCCCCACUGCCCUGCACAGACCUGUCCCUGGGGCAGCACCUGCUGCGUGCCACGGCUGACGAGGACCUGAGGACGGUCAUCCUGCUGCUGGCGCACGGUUCCCGGGACGAGGUGAACGAGACCUGCGGGGAGGGCGACGGCCGCACAGCGCUGCACCUGGCCUGCCGCAAGGGCAAUGUGGUCCUGGCCCAGCUGCUCAUCUGGUACGGGGUGGACGUCAUGGCCCGAGACGCACACGGGAACACGGCGCUGGCCUACGCCCGGCAGGCGUCCAGCCAGGAGUGCAUCGACGUGCUGCUGCAGUACGGCUGCCCCGACGAGCGCUUCGUGCUCAUGGCCACCCCCAACCUGUCCCGGAAAAACAACAACCGGAACAACAGCGGCGGGAGGGUGCCCAGCAUCAUCUGACAGCGCGCUCGCCGGGACACGCAGCCCUCGGAAGUCACAGCGCGUGAGUCCUGUCGCGUCCCUUCCCUCUUUCCGGUGGUCACCUCCUGCCCGCCUGCCCACUCACCCCGCGUGAACUGUCCAAACCCGGACUCCCUGCGGGGUGAAGAGGAGGCCAGGAGGCUGCGGAGCCGAUUCCUUUUCACAAACUCCGCCGACAGCUCACAGGACAGACCGUCGGGCUUGGUUGUUGAUAGCACAUGGCCCAGGACCCCGUCCUGCUGGCCUGGAGGCAGAGCGGGCAGGAGGGCCGGGGACGCGUGGGGAGGGGCUCGGGCGAGGCGCACGGAGAAGGGGCGAUGCUCCCUAACUGGCAGUUAAGCACAUCAGUCCGUUUCACCUCUACCACACGGAGCACUUGGAUCUCAUCUCUUCUCCGAGGAGCUUGACGGCAUAAAUCAGAAGCAAGCACAGAGUUUGUCAGGUUUGAAGCCCCUAUGAUGGUAUGUGUCAAAUCAGUUGUAGCUAAUCUGUCCAGGGAGAAUACUGGCUUCAUUACACUUGUAUAGUUGAGUUCUUCCAGCAUUACCGCUGUUUAAUAGAACAUGAUUAGUCAUCACCGAGAAGAAAGCAUAUUAGCCGAGGAGGUAGUUACGCGGCACGCUCCGGUGAUUGCCACGAUGUGAUUGCAAUACUCUUAGAAGCAUCAUAUUAUCCCAGACAUGUUCUUUCAAGCCCUUGGAGCCCUCCUUUCUAAAUUCACUGUCAUAAUUUAGUAUCUGUUUAAUUUUUCAGUCCAAAGAGAGGAAAUCAGUUGCCGAGUAUUAUUUGAGUGCAGUCUCCUUGGUGCAAAAACAAAAUGGAAAAAAUAAAUAAGUAUAACUUGGAAAUUCAGAAAGAAAUUGCACAUUCAGCUGGUAACAGCUGCUCCCGUGCAUUUGGUAAAGGAAGUAAACACAUAGGCUAUUUUUUCUGAAUGUGAGAAAGAUGUUCCGUCCUUUGGUCAAGGUGGGUGUGCUGGGCCUCAGUCACUCCAGGGCCACGCGACCUGUGUUACCAGGCUUCUCCAAGUCUAUUUGAAUAAAAGAAGUUCAUAAAUAUGCAUUGAUUUUUGUACAGACAAAUGGCACUUCUGUUAAUUCAUAAAUUGAACUGGAUGUGAACUAAUAAUGUGCAACUAGUUGAGAUAAGAGGGUUACAGAUCAUUGUACAUGGAAAAUAUUCCCAGCAGUAAACACUUCCAUUAAUGUGAUAUACAGCUUUUAAAAAGGAACAUAUCAGAAUAAGAUGGUGGUACAAUUUUCUUAUUAAAAUGGAGAAAGAAAAAAGAAUGACAUUGAAGCAUUUUGGGAAGGGGGAAUGGAGCAUGUGAAUUUUCAUUCUCGAAGGCAUGAUUUAGAUUUCUGCUAACCAAGAGUGAGGGGCGCGGGCAGGAUGGGGCAGUUCUGUGAAAACUUGGUCCAGGUGCUCCUCAAGGGUGCCUGAGAAGCAGGUGCGGAAGGUGAGGCACAGCCUGGCUCGGGUGCGUGCGACACCUGGCCCGCCAUUGUCAGGGUCACCGUGGCCAAGUGGGCAGACAGAGAAAAGCAAAUCACAAAGGGAAGUGGCGGCUUCACUAGAAGCUCUUCGCACUAGAGCCCACAGGUGCAGCGUGACAAGGGGAGCAGGGUCGUCACGGUGGAAGCCGAGGACCUGGGCCGGCGUAGCGCAGGGACACAAAGCCACGUUUGCCCAGCGGCCUCCCGAGAAGUUCCUUGCUCCCAUUUAUUGAAACGUAUAUUUUGUAAGAGUUUUUCCUCUUCUUUCUCUUUUUAAAAAAAAAUUUAAAGUAGAUGGGGAAAGAGUAAAAGCUUUACACAGAAUUUAUAUGUGGGUAAGUGUUCGAUGGAGAUUUCUAAUCGUAAGUGAACUCAGCGGGACUGACCAGUGUGCAGAAGCCCCAGACCGCGGACCUCGGCCAGCUUUCACAGCCCUGCCGUUCGGGUUUUAAUUCUGCUUUCUGUCACUGUGUAGUUAUUUUAAAUGUGAAUAGAAAGGGGAAAAGAAAGUCGCUGCCUAUUUUUGAAGACUACAUGAGCAUCUAAUCCCACUAUACACAUUCACCUCCACAUAGCCUUGACUGUAGACUUUCUGUAGAGAACACAGCUAGGUAUAAAUGAAACUCUUAAAUUAUUUCAUUGUAGUUAAUUCCCACUAUAGGAAUGCUUUAUCAUAAUGGAGCCUUCUUUUGAAAAGAAAUGGAAUUCCUUGUGAGGCUUCGCUUUGGGGUGUAUAUGAGUGUGUACAUAUUAUUAGAUGUGUUUAUAAUAUAAUAUUUUCCCAAAUGACUUCUUAUCCCACUUAGCCUCCCACAGCCUGAAAGCUAGAUCGGUGUUUCCCCUCCCUUCCUCCACCACAGGCACGUCACUGACUCCACCCGGGCCGGGCCAUUCGUAGUAAACUCAUGUUGAUUUGCACCAAGAGCCCGCCCCCGCUGGAGCCACGGUUUUGGCCCGAGAUGAAAGGCGGUGGUGGAGGCUCCGGUGAAGCGAGGCAGCCGUGGUCCCCCGUCUUAUCCAGCAUCACACCCCCUUCGCUCCUGCUCUGUUUUCAAGCUUUCUAACACCAACGCUGAGCAAAGGGAGAGCCUAGGGCCGGCGAUAGACAGAUGCACACAGUGUGGGCUGGAGGUCUGUUCUCAUGGCUCGUUUCCAUGUCCAGCUCCUUGUGACGGUGACACGGGAAGCCGCCACUGGAGAAUCCACAGACCUUUUUCUGUUCAGAGUAGAAACCCUCCCAUGAUGAGAAACAGCUGACUGGGAGGGCACACAGCAUGUGUGUGCAGGGAUAGUCGGGCAGUGCCCGGACGUGUCCGCCUCCCCCUGUCAAGGCCGCACUCCAUUCCAGGUACCGGUCACUAAACGGAAAGUGAGAGGCACAGAGGUGGCUGGCUUCUCCAGUGGCCAGGGAAGCACUGCGGGAGGAAGGGUGCUAUGGUGCAGACUCUCAAAUGGCGUGGGCAAUUAUAACCAGCCCAGCAAGCUUGUGGUUCCAGGGACCAGCAGCCCUGGGGUGAGGCAGUGACAGGUUCCUAAAUCUUUGGCCCCAAAAACAUGUGCAGUGCUGCAUCUCUCAGCAAGGUUACACGUGUAUAUAGCCCAGAAAGGCAGAACAGGGCAGCAGAAGCACUCUGGGAGUUGGGGAGACUGGACCCAGGGCCUGCAUGUGGUGGCCACGCCCUCUACCAUGGUGUUCAGCCCUAGCUCAAGUUGCUCUUCCCUCUGGUCCUCUGAAACAGACUCCUCAGCACAUGCUCAGGGCCUCUAGUGAGUGUUUGCCCAGGCCGGUGAGGUGAGUUUGGAUCCAUCCUCCGCCGUGCAGCGUAGACACCAGUGUUCCCAGUCUUGCAAUGUCUGUACAUUAGGGUCAUUGCCUGUGUCUGCAUGCAGCUGACACUGGUUCCUUAGGGAGUAACAUGGUCAGGCAAGGAAGAGAGACCCGAGUCCCGCCCCCCGCCCCGGCUCCAUGUCCCACCUGAGGGUAUGUCCGCAGCGUCCUUGCCUCUGAAGCCUGCAGUGAGCUCCAAACCAGAGAGACACAUGGCAGCCUCAUGCCUGGCUGGGAGCCGGAUGCUUGGGAACCAGGAUGUGUUUUAAGAAGAGAGCGCGCACCCAGGGACCUGCCCCCAGCUGACACCACGUCCCCACCGCCUGGGGAGGCGGUGACAGCCCACGAGCCACGUUCUUGGUUAAGCCUGGGUGCUGGCAGCAGUCAGAGGAUGGUGGGAGCCCCUUUGGAGGCCGCCCACUUCCUGCCCUCUCAGGCCUCGCUUCUCAGAACGUCCCUGCCUUGCCAGAGGCAAAAAAGGGAGUGAGCGCUGCUCUCGUGCCAUUUGCUAGUGGUGCCUGGGGACCUGGGUGGCCCUUCCCUCCCUGGCCUGAGGUCACUAGGAGGCUGCUUGACACUGAGAUCACCGCCCUCUUUCUCCUCCCUGCGGAGUACCGGGCUGGUGGAGCGUGGCCUUUGGCUCACCAGGUCGACCGCCAUCCCUGUCAUUCAGGUUGCUCUGAGAAUGAGGGGGACCCCACUCCCCCGUCUGGAGAAGUCCAAGCCCACCGUAGCUUCUCCUGAGAAGGGGGUUUGGGGCUCAAGAACUCAGGACGCAAAGGUGUUGGGAAAGCAAACCACUGCCUCCAGAUGGGCGUUCUUCCCACCCCAACCCCGUCUGCUGCUUCCAUCCCUUACACAAGGGCACAGAGACUUUUCUAGAACUCUCCUGGGUUGUGUUUAUGGCCCUCAAGCAAACAAAUUGAAAAGCAGUCAGGAAGGAAUUCGAGCACAAAUGUUCCAGAGACGCACAUCUUUUCCUUGAGAGGAAAAGACUCUGUCUCCCGCUGCCUCCGAAGAGCCUGGUGUCUGGUGGUGAAGAGGCCCAUCCUGAAGUGGUUUUCACAUCUCCACCAGCAAGCUCAGUCAGGGCCUUGGGCAGGCGUCCGCCAUGCCUCCUCCCCUGGCGUGGGUCUCUUGCAGGCUCCUGAGUGCCCCGCCGUGGCCAGCAUGCCCAGCUGUGGUACUGGGCGUGGUGACCCUCGUGGCCUUGCCAACCCUCCAGUCCGCCUGCUGCUCUGCUUAGUGCCCUGUCCGGAUGAAUCCUUGUCACCAAGCAUCGAAAUGAGGCUGCUUUUUGAGCCCAAAUCUCAAAUUCCUUGCAGUUAAACAGAAGAGAAAAAGGGAGGGGCCCAGUGCAUCGGUCCUUGGAUUCCGUUUCCAUCACUAUCCAGGAAGGAAGCACUGGACCUGAGAUGCAGUGAUGCCCCUGACUAUAAUGAAGCCAGUGCCAGGCAGUCUGGGCCCCAUCUCUCACCUCACGGGGAAGACGUAACAUUUAACAGCUUAGACGUUAGUGUUGGGAAGCACAGACGCUCUUCCCUCUAGUGCAGAAGUACUGUCCGAAAACUAGGUCGUCAACCCUUAGCGGGUUCCCCGUUUCAUUUGUGCGUCCACUGCCUUUUUAACAUGGCUUUGCAUUCUCUGUCACAGUUACAACUAGAGUCAUCUGUGGAGGGUUCUGGCAAGGGAUCCUAGACAACCAACAAGUCUCUUCUUCUGGAGUUUUUACAAGCCCAGGUUUUAGGAGCAUUUAAGGGCCCACCCACCCAAAGCAACGAUGGAAAAGGUAAUCCUCCUCCUUUCAAAGCAGCGGCAGCUGCUGGGCUGGUUUGCUCCUGCCUGUGAAAAUUCUCUUGUGUGAGGCUCUGGUCCCACACGGCAGGCUGCAGCCUACAGGUGGGCACCCCGUGCUCCUGCGCCUGAGGCGAGAUGCCCCCGAGUGAAUGAGAGAGAGCGAGAGAGAGCGAGAGAGAGAGAGAGAGAGAGAGAGAGAGAGAGAGGCGAGGUCGGCUCAGGGCUUGUUUUUGUUUUGGCCUAGAGUGCUGCGUGUGCAGGGGACCCCUUCUCCCGGGGGUCGCAAAUCAAGCCAUAUGAUAGACUCAUCUGCCAAAGUCUGGCCUGGAGUUCCAAGCUAGAGGACCUCCAUGGCCUUACUCUUGAUGCAGGUGAAAGAAAGGAACCACGAGGUGCAGGAGCGUUAGGGAAUCUUCCCCCACAGAGCAAAGCCCGAUAACACGCCAGCGGCAGGGAACAGCCCCCUCCAGAUCACGAUAGAUCCCGGGUCUCCCUCCCCUAGUGUCCACACCAGCUCAGGAAGCUCAUGCUGUGGCUGGCCCUAGAAUGACUCUGGAAGGACCACCUUGCACCAGCCAGCCCAUCCUGCGACAUGUAAAGGGCCACAGGAGCUUAUGAAAGGGCAUCCUGGCCCACGGCGCUCCACUGGGCCAGCAAAAAUGCCUGUCUGCCUGCUCUGUUGGGCCAGGGGGACAGAGAAGGGACCAAGGGUGCUGGGAGCUAGGGCCAGUCCAGGAGGUCGCUCUCGCUCACUUCCUGCUCACGGGAGCUCGCUACAAGGGCCCCUGCCCCUGGGUCCCAGCAGAUUUGCCCCCAGAAUGGAGUUGGGUGGCGGUCCCAGUGGUAGAGGGCGUGUUCAGAAACUGCUUCCUGUGGUGGAGAGGAGGGAGACACCCUCUGACCUCCCGGCCGAGCUCUGUGUGCAGAGCCCCUGAGCUGAGCCCCGUGCGGGAGCAGGCCAGGGCUGACAGCCCCCUUUCUGGGUGGGAGCAGGGAGUCCAGGACCCAUCUUUGAGCACGUUGCCCUGUUUCUGUAAAUAGCCAUGUACAGAAGAGCAGCCGGGGGUUUAUCCAGAGACCAGGUGGUUUAUUUUGGUGGUUGUUUUUUUGGUUGGUUUUUUUUUUUUUUUUUUGGUUUUUUAUAUUACCUCAUUCAGCAAGUUUAUGUUUCACAAUGACUCGAUGAUGCUUUAUUUAUAUUGUUUGUACUGUAAUUAAAACCAUUGACAGACAUUUCACUUUGCUUGUUAUUUCAUAUGAUCUUGUUUUGAUUAAAUAUGCCAGUUUGUAUUUUCCUACCUUGGGAUUUCUGUGUCAGCUGUACAGUAUUCUAAGGGGAAAAGGAAAAAAAAAGAAGAAAAAGAAAACCGUGUAAAGCAAUGGAGAGAGGUGGCUAUAGUGUAGAGACCUCUUUCUAAUAAAGAAACGAAAAUAUGUCUA